CCUCGCGUUAGUCAGCCCACCCACAACACGACUUCCCUAAGCGAAAUUUCCACACACAGCGCUGAGGCCGAUCUUGAAAGAAGACUUCAACAUUCGACUGUCGACAACCCGCGCCUCCGUCUUGACCGCGCAACUCUCGUCAAGAUGAAGCUCAACAUUUCCUACCCGGCCAAUGGGUCGCAAAAGCUGAUCGAGAUCGACGAUGAGCGUAAGCUCCGCGCCUUCAUGGAGAAGCGCAUGGGUGCUGAACUCUUCAAGAUCACUGGUGGAAACGACAAGCAGGGUUUCCCCAUGAAGCAGGGUGUCCUGCUCCCCAACCGUGUCAAGCUCCUCCUCAGCGACGGCCACAGCUGCUACCGCCCCCGCCGUACUGGUGAGCGCAAGCGCAAGAGUGUCCGCGGUGCCAUCACCGGUCAGGAUCUCGCCGUCCUCGCCCUCAGCAUCGUCAAGCAGGGUGAGAGCGACAUCCCCGGCUUGACCGAUGUUGUCAACCCUAAGAGACUCGGCCCCAAGCGUGCCACCAAGAUCCGCCGAUUCUUCGGUCUCGACAAGAAGGACGACGUCCGCAAGUUCGUCAUCCGCCGCACCGUCACCCGUGAGGGCAAGCAGGACUACACCAAGGCCCCCAAGAUCCAACGUCUGGUCACCCCCCAGCGUCUCCAGCGCAAGCGCAACCGUAUUGCCAUCAAGCGCCGCCGUGCUGAGGCCGGUCGUGAGGCCGCUAACGACUACGCCAAGCUCCUCGCUUCCCGUGUCCAGGAGGAGAAGGCCAAGCGCAGCGAACUCCGCAAGCGCCGGGCUUCUUCUCUGAGGAAGUAA